UUAUUUGCAACUGGCAAUGGGGUCUUCAAGCCCAUUUGUUUUCUUAAGCCUUCUAAGUCCCAGUGGAAAAGACUGUUUAGAUAUUAGAUCGAGUGCAAUCACUGAUUAACAUGUUGACCAAAAGAAGCAAAGUGCUGGUGUUCCGGUGCUGUGAUGUUUGCCCCCAAUUGUCGACCCCAAGGCACUUGGGUCUCUACCGACAAAGACUCCCCCAGGUCAGCAUCGAAUCACGACACAAGUCACUUGGCUGUCAUACCUGUUUCAGGAGCCACCCUCCCAAGGAGGACAUCUUCCACCACACAGGAGAUCAGCAUCGAGUUUAAGCAUGUUCCCGAAUUUUGGAAGCCUAAAGAAACUGUUAUACACCGAAGAGGAAAGCCAUGAACAAGACUUUCAGGGGACGUACAGGGACUCCGUUCUUCCAUCAAAGGACACACAUGAUAAUAAUUUGGAAAGUGAUGCAGUGCUGUACAAUCAGUAUGAGAAGAGAGUGCGACCUUGCAUUGACCUCAUCGACAAGCUGAGAGCAUUGGGUUUGGAAAAGGAUCUGUCUCUUCCAGCCAUCGCAGUAAUUGGAGAUCAAAGCUCUGGAAAAAGCUCCGUCCUUGAGGCACUUUCUGGGAUUGCUCUACCCAGGGGCAGUGGUAUGGUGACGAGAUGUCCUUUGGAACUGAAGCUGAAGAAUACCGAGGUGAAGAAUACGUGGAGGGCCAAAAUCAGUUACAGCAACUACAGCAAAGAACUGUCAGGCCCAUCUGAAGUGGGCAAAGAAAUUCUGAAAGCUCAGAACACCAUGGCCGGCGCGGACCAGGGAAUCAGCUCCGAGCUCAUCGGUCUAGAGGUGGAGUCUGACAACGUCCCCGACCUCACGUUAAUCGACCUUCCAGGCAUCACUAGGGUUGCUGUCGGUAACCAGCCACGAGAUAUUGGAGACCAAAUCAAGCAGCUAAUUGGCUCCUACAUUAAGGAGGAUAAGACCAUUAACCUUGUUGUCAUACCAUGUAAUGUUGACAUAGCGACCACAGAGGCCUUGAAAAUGGCCCAGGAAGUUGACCCUACAGGAGAAAGAACACUGGGUAUAUUGACUAAACCUGACCUGGUUGACAAGGGAACAGAAAUAAACAUCCUUAAACUGGUGAAUAACGAGGUUGUUACUUUGAAGAAAGGUUAUAUGGUUGUGAAAUGCCGUGGACAACAGGAUAUUAAUGACAAUUUGACACUGGCUAAGGCUUUAGAGAAUGAGAAAGCUUUUUUCAAGCAAAAUAAGGUUUUCAGAACACUCUUGGAUGAUAAUGCGGCGACAAUACAGUGUGUGGCUGCUAGAUUGUCGAAAGAAUUGGUGAUGCACAUUCAGAGAACUUUACCAACAAUUCAGAAUGAAAUUCAGCACAAAAUUGCGGAUACCAAUAAGGAAUUGCAGAGGCUUGGACGGAGAGUGCCUGUGGAUGAUGACGAAAAGAUGUCCUUCCUCACUGAUAAAAUUAGAGACUAUAUUAAGGACGUUGUUAACGUAACUAGCGGAGAGUGCACAGGGGACUACAAUGAUGACGAUAGACUGUACAGCAUGGCACGUACGGCUUUUGGCAAUUGGAAUAAGCUGCUUAUUUUAGAGCAGGCUCAGACCGAAAAGGAAAUGAAAACUAAAGUAACAGAACACUUUGCAAAGUCCCGUGGGAGAGAAUUACCUGGAUUUACCAAUUACAAGACCUUUGAGUCACUCGCCAGGAAUCUGAUCCUGAAGAUGCAACCUCACUCUUUAACCAUGCUGAAAGAAAUAUCAGCCCAGGUCCAGGGAGUGCUUAUAAACAUGAUUUUGUGGCACUUUGAAGGUCUGCCGAACCUACUGAGAUUGGUCCAGAAAAUGACCGAUGAUAUUCAGGAGGAACAGGAAAUGGAAGCGGAGAAAAUGCUGAAUACUUUGUUCAAAAUGGAAAGCCUGAUCUACACUCAGGACUUAAUUUACUGCAAAAAGCUGAAGAAGGUUCAGGACACAUAUGAAGAAUCAGAUGAAGAAGAAGAAACCUCAGAGAAUGUUGUUAAAAACACACAAAUGGCCGGAAUGUCAACUCAUUUGAAGGCCUAUUAUAAGAUUGCUUUGAACCGACUGGCUGAUAUAGUGCCAAUGGCCAUUAACUUUCACCUGCUGCAGGAGUUCGCAGACAAGCUGCAACGUAAAAUGUUGCUGUUGCUGCAGCACAGGAAUCAGAUUGAGAUGUUGCUGAUGGAAGAGGCGGGUAUCUUCGAGAAGCGCCAGUUCCUCUCCAACCGCCUGAAGAGACUGAAAAAAGCUAGUGAGGCCUUGACCAUGCAUUAACAGGAAAUAUCCUGCUGUUAGAUAGAGUGAACAUUAAAUAAACUAGUGAAUGAAUAGCAAUAGCUGUUGAUAGCCCAUGUAUGUGGAAAGAAGCUGAAUAUAGUUAAAACAUUAUGAAAAUUUUCCACUGGGUUCAGUAGUUUCCAUUUAGGUUUAGGUAUAGGUUCAAUGUAGGAAUUUUCUAUUAUGCAAAAAUUGCAAACAGAACAAUAUUUUACCUCUAGCCAGCAACUUCUUGUAGGUGAGCAAUGCAAAUGUUCUGGUAUUUUUAAACUAUGUUCUCUUCGAAAUCUAUAUUUAGUGAUUGCAAUAUAUAUUCAGUAUGAAUUUGGUCCCAGUGAACAGCCUCACAGGGCUGUGCUCUGGUAAUGAGACCUUCCACUAAUGCAUUAAAUUGAACUGCAUUUAAUGUUUCUAUGAUUCAAUAAAAGACUAUUUAAUUAAUGUGUCUA